GUUUAAGUCAUGGAAGUGCCACAAUUAUGAGUAGUUGAGUAGAAGCUGAACAGAUUGGCAGAAGCAGAAGCAGAAGCAAAAGAUGAUGAAUUCAUCUGAGCCGGUGAAGCUGAUCGGCGCUUUCGGCAGCCCGUUCGUCCACCGUGUCGAGGUCGCCCUGCGCCUGAAAGGAGUGCCCUACGAGCUCAUCCUCGAGGACAUGGGCAACAAGAGCGAGCUCCUCCUCGCGCACAACCCCGUCCACAAGAUGGUCCCCGUGCUCCUCCACGGCGACCGCUCCGCCAUCUGCGAGUCGCUGGUCAUCGUCGAGUACGUCGACGAGGCGUUCGACGGGCCGCCCCUCCUCCCCGCCGACCCCCUCCGCCGCGCCAUGGCCCGCUUCUGGGUUCACUUCCUCGACGAAAAUUGCCUGAAGCCGUUGCGGCCGGCGCUGUUCGGGGAAGGCGAGGAGCAGAAGAAAUCCAUGGAGGAGACACGGGAGGGCCUGACGGUGGCGGAGGCGGAGCUCAGGGGCAAGCGGUUCUCCGGAGGCAGCUCCAUCGGCCUCGCCGACAUCGCCGGCGGUGGCGUGCUGGCUCACUGGGUCGGCGUGCUCCAAGAGGUCGCCGGAGUGAGCGUCCUGAGCGACGGCGACGGCGAGUACCCUGCUCUGCGCCGGUGGGCGAAGGAUUACGUCGCUAAUGAAUCCGUGAUGGAGUGCUUGCCGGAUAGAGAUCGGCUCCUCUCCUACUUCACCGGGAUCAAGCAGAAGUGCGUUUCGGUGGCCAAGUCUACGCUGCCAAAGUACUCCCUUCUUCCCUAAAUAUUUACGCAGUUGACUUUUUUAAAUAUAUUUAACUGUUCGUCUUAUUUAAAAACUUUUGUGAAAUAUGUAAUAUUAUAUAUAUACAUAAAAGUAUAUUUAACAAUAAAUUAAAUGAUAGAAAAAGAAUUAAUAAUUACUUAAAUUUUUCAAAUAAGACGAACGGUUAAAUAUUUUUAAAAAAGUCAACGGCGUCAAAUAUUUUGGGAUGGAGGGAGUAGUUACUAGUGAUGAACGAAUAAACUAAUAGCGGCGUGCACCUUGUGGCUAAUUGAGUUUCGUCUUUCUUGUCGACGUGUUAUUGUGUUGUCUCUGUUUGUCACAUGCACGUUUGACCGUAUGUACGAUUAAUCUUUCGUCAUGAUACAGUACGAGCAAGGAAAAAAAAAUCUGUGUAUACGAUUACGAUUUACGAGUACUUUACGUGGCAUGGACCUCAGCUCCUACGUCACUCUGGCAGCCCAUGAUGCGAUCUCUUUCACCUCAGCUGCUACGUCACUCCCGAAUGUCCCAAAUUAACAUCCAAGUAAGCUAAACCGGCCAGCAGCUCCCCGCAAAUUAACAAGGCAAAUCAAAUGACUAAACACUUUCAAGUUUCAACGAAGAAUAUAUUUUUUGUUGUUGUUGUGAAACUCCAAGAGAAGCUUCAUAUAAGUAAGGAUCAGCCGUGUCUAAACCUGCUGUUGGUUGUGAGUAAAGAUGGGUGAAAGGGUGAAGCUCAUCGGUGCUUUCGCCAGUGCAUACGGCCACCGCGCAGAGGUGGCGCUUCGCCUGAAAGGCGUGCGAUACGAGCUCAUCCUGGAAGACCUCCGCAACAAGAGCGACCUGCUGCUCAACCACAACCCCGUCCACAAGCUCGUCCCCGUCCUCCUCCAUGGCGACCGCUCCUUGAGCGAGUCCCUCGUCAUCCUCGAGUACAUCGACGAGAGCUUCCAUGGUCCACCCAUCCUCCCAACCGAUCCGUACGAUCGAGCCGUGGCGCGUUUCUGGGCGCAGUUCAUCGAUCAGAAGUUUGGUAGGUUCAAUUUCUGGAUCCCGUUCGUGCAAAUGGAGGGCAACAUGCAGGAUUGUUUCGUGAGGGAAGCAAAGGAGAAUCUGGCGCUUCUUGAAGGGCAGCUCAAGGGGAGGAGAUUCUUCGGAGGCGACGCCAUCGGGUUCUUGGACAUAGCAGCGUGCUUGAUAGCUCACUGGCUUGGUGCGUUCGAGGAGGUAUGUGGGGUGACCUUGGCCACGGAUGAGGAGUUCCCUGCUUUGUGCGAGUGGAGGAGACGCUACGUCAACGAUGAGGCCGUGAAGCCGUGCCUGCCGAAUAGGGACGAACUCGUUGCGUAUUACCGUGAACGCAAGGAGAUGAUCAAAGCCGCCGGAAGGCAGCACAAAUGAUUCCAACGUAGUUGUAUGCAUGAGAAAUAAAUAUAUGUCCAUGGGAAUGGAAUAAGUUACUAUUUGAUUCAACGUGUUAUUUUUCUUAA